AUGGGCGAAUACUUCUGCGAACCCUGUCGCGCAGCCGCGCAGGCGAUAGUUGCGGGGGGCGACGACAACGCCGCCGCCGCGGCGUCUGCGGCUGCGGCGGCAGCGGCGGCGGCGGCGCUAGCGGCGGGCGUGGCGGCGGGCGCGGCGGCGGGCGCGGGAGUGGCGGUGUCGCCCGGGCAGAAACGGGCGAGGCGCAAGUCGACCCAGAAGGCCUCUCUCUCUGACGGCCGCCAUUCAGACGCCACGUCGGACGCCGACAAUCCCGAGGCUCCAGGCAGCCACACUACAUCCGUGCAGGCAGCCAGUCGCAGGCUGACACGUGGCGAGGCACAGAAACUACAGCGGCUGCAGCAAGGGGGCGCGGCAGCUGGGGAGGGGGAAGAGGUGGAGGAGGAAGAGGAGGGGGAGGGAGAGGAGGAGGAGGAUGGUGGGGAAGGGGAAGAGGGACGGGGAUAUGCUGAGGAGCAGACAGGAAGGGUGAUGGCUGGGUGCGACGGUAAUGCUGGUCAAGAAGGGAUGGCAGGGAUGGCAGUAGGAAUAGGAGUGGAAAUGGGGGCUGCUGCUCCUGCUGCUGGUGUUGUCACUGCAGCAGCUACUGCCACUACUGUGGCUGCUGCUGCUAAUGCUGUUGCUAAUGCUGCUGCUGCUGCUGCUGCUGGUGGGGAGGGCAUGGGCUUGGCAGUGCCAGGGGGAGAAGUGCCUGGCGCUGUUGACGUUGGUCUGGGUGCUGGGCAGAUGAAUAUGGGAGGAGGUGCUAAUGGUGAUGCGCAUGUUGCCUUGGACGACACGGUGCAGUCUCCCACACGCACUACGCUUCCACCGCAGCUGCAACCCUCAGUGGACCCAGCAGCAGCAGCAGCAGCAGGGGCAGAAGCGAAGGGCGGUUUGAAGCGCACAGCAGAGGAUAUGAUGAUGGGGGCUAGUCAGGGAUUGGAUCCAAACGCUGCCGCUGCUGCUUUCGUUGCCAGUGCUGGUGCUGGUGCUGGUGGAGUGGGUGCGGGAGGGAUAGAGGGGGUGGAUGCGGGAAUGCUUGCCCCGGCAGCAAAGCAAGCGCGAGUUGACACCCAGGCCUCUGCUCUCCACGCUGCUUUUCCUGCUGUCCCACCUGCUGCGUCUCCCACCCUGGCUCCAUGCGGGGCAGUGGCAGCAGACAGGGGAGGGGCAGGCGGGGAGAAAGCAGCCGUUGCUUUCGCACCCUCCCUCCCUCCUGCCCCUGGGCUUGCUACAGAUGGUGCAGCGGCAGCAGCAGGUGGAGGUGCGGCAGCAGCAGCGCCAGGAGCAGUGGCAGCAGCAGGUGGCAUUGGAGCCUCUGGAGCGUCUGGGCCACAACUGGUGGCGGUGACUAUGCCAGUGCAGUCCACUCCUCCUCUUCCCACCGGUACCAGCAAUGCCAGUGGCAUUGCUACCGCCGCUGGUGCAACCGCCACUGCUGCUGUGCCUCCUGCCAUGCCCGCCAUCCCUCUCCUCCGCGUUCCUGUGUUCUAUGGAAAGCCGCAGCUUCUGCCCUUUGCCAUCCCGCCUCUCCCUGCCUUUGCUGGCGCUGCUGCUGCUCCUGGGCUAGCCCCCCCCGUUCCUUCGCAAGUUUCGCCAGGUGUUCCGCCAGGUGUUUUCCCAGGUGCUCCAGGCGCCGCCCCAGGUGCUAUGCCAGGUGGCGUGAUGGCUGCAGUUCCGCCGACUGCUCCUCCUGGGGGCCCGGGGCAGCGGAGGAACUCGGCAGGGCAGGCAGGGGCGCGGCCGAGAGGGCAGGAGAAGGGUGCAGCAGGGGCGGGAGGCGGGGCCGGAGGGGGGCGGGCGGGUAGUGGGCUGGCGGGUAGCAGCCCGAGAGGAGGAGGAGGUGGGGGUGGAGGGGCUAUGGUGAUUGCCAGAAGUGCUAGUGGUGGUGGUGGUGGUGCUGCUGGUGCUGGUGCUAUGACUGGAUCGCCUUCCGAUAUUGCGACGCGAAAGCGGUUCCGAGACUCUGUUGCUGCUGCCCUCUGCAUCGGCUUGCUGGAAAUGGCUGCUGCUUCUGCAGAAGCUGCUUCAAAUGCGGCUGCGGCUGCUGCUGCUGCUGCUGCUUCUGCAGCGGCGGCUGCUGCUACGGCUGCUUCAAAGGGAGAAAUCAAAGGGAAGGAAGAGGCAGGCGGUAGCAAGCAGUUAGAAGGGGUUAAGAAGGAGGAGGAGAAGGGGGAAGAGGUGAAGCUGCUUCCUGCUCCUCCUGCCAGUGUUGCGGCCCCAGAGGGGAAGGUAGAGGGGGGUGUGGGAACGGAUUUGAGAGUGAAGAGUGAAAGGGACGAGGAAAAGGCUGGUGUGUUGGCGCCAGUGGCAGAUGUGACUAGAACGGCUGUGAAGGAGGAAGAGAAGGGUAAGGUGGAGCAGGCGCAAGAGACGGAGGAGAAGGAAGAGAAAGAGGAGGUUGGAGCUAAUGUUGGUGUUGGUGUUGGUGUUGGUGUUGGGCAGGGUGGAGAAGAGAGCAGAGCAGCAGGUGGAUUGGUGGUGAAUGCAGUGAAAGGGGAGGCAAUAGUGCAAGGAGAGACGGGGACAGAAGAGUUGGUCUCUGCAGAGGGACCUCACACUCCGGGGGUGGUGGCAGGGGAAGCUGGGCUGAAAUCAGAGCGUGUCGCUGAACCGAUGGUGACUGAAACGGUAGUGAAGGCAGAGGGUGUGACAGAGGCAGGUGGGGUUGCAGGAGAGGCGGUGGUGGAUGUUGUGAUGGGAGAAGUAGCAGACGCUGAUGCUGCUGAAACUGCAGGAGCAGCAGCAACAGCAGCAGCAGAGGCGGCUGCAGUGGCGGUGACAGGGAGCGAGGAGGGUGGUGGUGCUGCUGCUACUGCAGCAGGUAAGGAGGAGGGAGAAGCGAGAGAGAAGCAAGGAGGGGCAGUGAAGGCGGAAGAGAUGGAGGAGGAUGUGGUAGAGGUGAAGGGAGGAGAGGGGAAGGGAGGAUGGAUAGAAGACGAGGUUGCAGUUGAGGAGGGGGAUGCGAGAGGUGUUGAAGUCGGUGCACAGGUGUUGAAAGAGGAGGAGGGAGGUGGAGGGAAGGGCAUGGCGGAGGAGGGAGGAGCGGAGCCUGCAGCUAAGGCGGAUUCAGACGUGGUUGAAGUGCCCAGUUCUGUGCCUAUGGCAGAGGGCGGAGAGGGGGAGACAGCAGCUGGUAACGGAGAGGUUAAUAAGGAGGACAACGGUGGGGUGGGUGGAGGAGUAGCCAUAGCCAUUCAGGGAGGAGGAGAGGCCGCAGGGGGGGAUGUGGAGAUGAAAGAUGCAGUGGUGGGGACAGAGGGGGGUGACGAGGGAGGAGUGAUGGGGGCGCAGAAGGGGGAGAUGGAUGAUGAUGUGGUGGAGGUUGCACCUGGAGGGAUGGAGGGAGUGAUGCGCGCCAAAGCCGAUGCCCUCGCAGCCACAAUCGAAGACGAGCUAUUCCGGCUCUUCCGAGGCGUCACUAAAAAGUACCGCGACCGGGCUCGAUCUCUGCUCUUCAACCUGAAAGACCCGAGCAACCCAGAGCUCCGUGCAAGGGUAAUCUCAGGGGACCUCCCCCCUAGAGAGCUCUGCCAGAUGACUGCAGAGCAGCUGGCUUCACGGGAGCUGUCGCAGUGGCGAGAGGCUAAGUACCAGGAGCAUGCGGAGCAGACAGUGCUUACAGAAGAGGAUUCUGAUGCGCUCAUGCGAGUGGUUAAGAAGACGCAUAAGGGAGAGGUGGAGGUGGAGUUGCCUUCGCUUGCGGAAGAGGUUUCCGCGCCUGUGGUGGCUGCUGUGGGGUUGAAUGGGGGGAAGAGAGCGGGGAAGGGCGAGGAGGAGGGGAGAGGGAGGGGCGGGAGUGGCGUGGAGGGGAAAGGGGAGGGGGAUGGGGCCGGGGUGAGUGGUGGGCGGAAGGAGAGGGAGAGAGGGGACGGUGGGGGUGGUGUGAAGAGGGAGAGGGAAGCAGAUGGGGAAGGGAAGGGGAGUGGUGAGAUUCUGAGUUGGGAGAAAUGGAGUGCGAUGAGGGGUGGUGGGGGAGGGGAUGGGGAGGAGGAGGGCGAGAAGGGGGUGGAGGGUGAGGAGGAGGAGCGAGGAGGGGGGAAACGGCUGGCUGUUGAAGCAAAGGAGAAAGAGAGGGAGAGGGAGGUGGAACGGAGUGCAGCAGCAGCAGCAGCAGCAGCGUUUUGGGGGGGAGUGAAGGAGGGUGCAGUGGAGGAGGUGUGGUCGCAGGCGGAGGAGGAAGCAAAGGCCUUGGCAGUGGGGCAGGACAUAUGGGAGGGGGGGCUGCAAGUCACGUCCUCACGCAUGUGCCCCAUCCGUGCCUUCCGAGUCAGUGGCGACAGCAGUGUGGACGUGGGGCGCUUUGAGGCGGUGGUGGAGGUGAAGGGGCGCGUCAAGAUGUCAGACUUCGCCACCUUCCUCUCUGCCCUGCGCACCGCCCGCUCUAGGACCGUCGUGGUCCUAGUGCUGCUGUGCCCAGAUGUUACAGACGAUGCUCUGCAUGAGGCAGCAGAGCAGUACCUGGAGAGCAACAGGGUGGGCUUUGCAGAGCCGUGCAAGGGCACAGAGCUUUACCUGCUGCCUGUGGGCAGCGAGGGGGAGAACCUGCUCAGAGCCAACGGUGACACUGCUGCUGCUGCUGCUGCUGCUGCAGAGGUGGUUGAGAACGCGCAGAAGGCGGAGGCGGAGGCUAAGGUAAAGGAGGAGGUGAAGGUGGAGGCACAGGGUGAUAAAGACACUGACACAAUCCCUGUGGGUGCUGCCAGUGGAACGGGCGAAUCAGCUGCAGGUCAGGCUGUUAAGGAGGAACCAGCGGAGGCAGUAGUGGUGAAGAAGGAAGAAGGUGCAGCAGAGACAGCAGGCGGAGUGACGCCUGCAGGGGAUGCUGAGGUGGAAGAAGAGACAGGGCCAGCGGGAAUGAGUGUGGAGGGAGGAAAGGCGGAAGGAACAGGGGAUGGUUCCGCUGCUGCUGUUGCGGCAGUCAAUGCUGCAGACGCAGCAGGUGCGGGAGAAGCAGCAGCAACGACUGGUGUGGAGACAGCAGGGGAAGAGGCUGGGCCACGAGGAAUGGGUCAAGAUGGAGGAGAAUCAUCAGCAGGAGGAGGAGGGGAGGUCAGUCCUGUCAGUAAGCGGGAAUCGAGCUACAAGGUGGAUGAUUCUGCAGCGGCAGCAGCCGCUGCUGCAGCCGCUGCGGCCACCCGAGGCCUGUCAACUCACUCCUCCAAGGCUGCAGCAGCAGAGUCCCCAGCCAAGUUCCCUCCACCGGACGCCGCACCCCCACAUGCACAUCGACAGGAGGACAAGCCAGACAGGUUCCGGCAUGGCGCAGGGCACGGGCGUGAGUACGGGCGAGAGAGGGACCGCGAGCGGGAGCGGGAGCGGGAGUACGGUCGGGAGCACGGGUAUGGCUCGUUCCAGUCAGGCCAUGGGCAUGGGCCUUCACCUGUUGCGCUUCGCCGCGCAGGCAGCAGCGGGGGCAGUGGUGCCAGUGCUGGUGGUGGGUACGGAGGAGGGGUUGCACAUACCCCGCCUGCCCCACGCUCCCGCCCUCCCAUGUCACCUGCAGCUGGUCCGAAACCCGGCCCUAUGGCUGCUGUGUCUCCCCGCCUCCCGACAUCGCCCACGCCUGCUUCUGCAGGGUGGGGGGGACGAGAGAGGCGGGAGGAGAGGCGGCGAAGGGGGCGCGGGUGGGAUGAUGGUAGUGAUAGGCACCCGGGCGGGGUUGGUGCUGCUGGGGGAGGUGCUGGGAGGGGUGUUGGUGUUGCUGGUGGGAGAUUGGGAGGAGGAGGAGGAGGAGGAGGGGGAGGAGGAAUGGAUGAUGAUGAUGAUUUGCCUGAGUUUGAGUUUGAGCAGCCGGCUCUGCCACAGCAGCAGCAGCAGCAGCAGCAGCAGAGUGAGCCGUCUCUCCCUCCUGGCUUCUAUUCUGGCAGCGGUUUGCCCAGUAAUCUGGCCUCUGCUCUUGCUGCCGUAGCUCCUGCCCUCGCCUCCCUUGCAGCUCUAACUUCUCUGCAAGGAUCUAAUCAGCAACAACAGCAGCAGCAACAGCAACCGCAGCAGCAGCAGCAGCAGCAGCAGCAGCAGCAACACCCUGUUGCACAAUCACUUGCCCCGCCUCCCUUUACCCCUCCUCAGCCGUUCAUCCCACAACCGGGUACAUCAACUCCCGCUGUCCCGCCUACCACUGCUUCUGGUUUUGGUCCUGCACAUAUCCAUCCACAGCAACACCAGCAGCAGCAGCAGCACCCGCUUCCCUCUAUGUCUGCUCCCACGCCCAUGGCCUCUGUGCCUCCUGCUCCUGCCCGCCCUGUUUGGAAGAUCACAACCACCACUGCCCCUAGUCCGGUCGCAUCCAUUCCCCCUGCUGUGCCUGCGGCGGCGCCUAUCCCUGCCCAGGGAGGUAUGGUCCAACGACCUGGAAUGGGGAUGGGAGCAGGCAUGGGUGGUGGAGGAGGUGGGCCUGUAGGUGCCGGGGGAGAUGUGUGGGGCGCUAUGCCAAAGCCACAGCUGCAGCAGGCACAGCAGCAGGAGCAGGAGCAGCAGCAGGCGGUGCAGCCGUUGCAGCAGCAGGGGCAGCAGCAGGUGCCGCCGUUAGAAGGGUCUAUGGUGGGGCUGCUGGACCUGAUGGGUCGUACUACGGUGGUGGUGGUAGUGGUGGUGGUGGUGGUGGUGGUGGUGGUGGUGGGCGUGGUGGGCGUGGGCAGGGGGGUUUUGGGGUUGAUUACAAUGAGCAUGGUCAUUAUGAAGGGCCCAGGGGGGCAGGAGGGCCUGGGUGGGGUAGGGGCCAGCAUGGAAGAGGAGGAAGGGGAGGUGGUGGUGAUGGGGGAAGGCAUUAUGGUCCAAUGUAAUCUGAGCUGUGCAGGCAGUCGCCGAUGA